AUGGCGGCUUACAGAAAUAAAAUAUCCAAAAAGUUCAAUAGUAAGGUCAGGCCGCGUGCUUUUAAUGUGGGGGACUUAGUUCUUAAAAGAAUAGAUGUAACAAGCGGUAGUGCUGGAUCUGAUUCAGAAGAUUAUGACAAAUGGCAAAAGGUAGAUAGUAUGGUAACUUAUUGGCUGUUAAAUUCUAUUUCUAAAGAUACUGUUGAUAAAUUUCUAUAUACUUGUUUUGCAAAGAAAUUGUGGGAUGAAAUUAAGGAUAGAAUUGAGGAGAGUAAUGGGUCAUUACUCUACCAAUUGAAGAGAGAAAUUAGCUCAUUUACUUAUGCUAAUUUGAAUGUCAUCAGUAAUAUUGACAAUGGGGAUAGAUUAAUUCAGUUUCUCAUGGGAUUGAAUGACUCUUAUGAUCAUGCCAGAAAUCAAAUUCUGAUAAUGGAGCCUUUACGUAGCUUAAAUAGAGAUUAUUUCAUAGUUCUUAGUGUUGAAAAACAAAGUGAGGUCCUCAAUAUGAGUCUUACUGAGUUUAAUAAUGCUACUAUGAAUGUAAAAUUUACUGAGGAAAUAUUUAACAAAACUCAGUUUAAGAAGAAAGAAUUCUUUAAGAAAGAGAAUGAUGGAAGAAUUGGUGCACAUUAUGGAAAUCCUAGUCAUACAAAGGAAACUUACUUUAAGUUAUACGACUAUCCUGAAUGGUUCACUUAA